GUGGGGAGGACAACAGUGUUGGUUGCUCCCUGAGGCAAAUCAAGGGACAAGGGCCGCUUACAAAUUACAAUUAUUCAAUUCCCAAUUCCCAAUCCCAAUUCCCAUUUCCACCCACACAACUAAUUCUUAAAGUCUACUACUGCCUCUUGCCACUUGCCACUCCUCUCCCCUCCCCACUGUAACUGUACCCACUCUCUCUCUCAUCAUCUGUUAAUAUUCUUCCUCACAUAUUGGAGGCCAGCCACUUUGUUCACGCCGCACGCCCACUUAAUUUUUCCUUUCCUGCUCUCAAUCUUUCUCUUCUCUUUGCGGAAAGGAACAUGUUUGAGAAAUUUGAAGAAACGGAUGAUGAGUUUGCUAAGCUUCUCCGGAGGAUCAAUCCACCCAGGGUUGUAAUCGACAACGACUCUUGUGGGGAUGCUACCGUAAUACAGGUUGACAGUGUCAAUAAGCAUGGAAUUCUCCUUCACGUGGUCCAAGUUCUGACAGACUUGAACCUCGUGAUUAAGAAAGCAUACAUUUCGUCUGAUGGGGGAUGGUUUAUGGAUGUUUUUAAUGUGAUUGACCGGGAUGGAGAGAAAAUUAGAGAUCCAGAACUCAUCAGCUAUAUCCAAAAGAGACUUGAAAGUGAUGAAGAUUUGGUACCUUCUUUCAAAGGAAUGGUUGGACUAAUGCCUACUGAAGAGCAUACCUGUAUUGAACUAACAGGAACAGACAGACCUGGUUUAUUGUCUGAAGUGUGUGCCGUCCUUGCUGAUCUCCACUGUAAUCUGUUAAAUGCUGAGAUAUGGACGCACAAUGCAAGAGCUGCAGCUGUUGUUCUUGUAACUGAUGAUACCACGGGUUAUGCAAUUGAAGAUCCAAAUCGCCUUGCAACAAUAAAGGAGAUGCUAUGCAAUGUUCUCAAGGGGAACAGUGAUAUAAACACUGCAAGAAUGACACUUUCACCUCCUGGUGUUACCCACAGGGAAAGAAGAUUACAUCAGAUUAUGUUUGCUGAUCGAGACUAUGAAAACAUCGAGAGAUCAGAAGGCGGUGGAGUUCAUGACAAGAGUUCUAGACCUCAUGUAAUUGUAGCAGAUUGUACUGAAAAAGAUUACACAGUCAUCACUAUGAGGUCAAAAGAUCGACCCAAGCUGUUGUUUGAUAUUGUAUGCACUCUAACUGACAUGCAGUACGUGAUCUUUCAUGGGGUAGUCCACACAGGGAGAAUGGAAGCAUAUCAGGAAUACUAUAUUCGUCAUGUGGAUGGGGUUCCUAUUAGCUCAGAGGCUGAACGAGAACGUGUAAUGCAGUGUCUAGAAGCAGCCGUCGAAAGGCGAGGCUCUGAGGGACUGCAGUUGGAAUUAUGUGCUAAGGACAGAGUUGGACUUUUGUCUGAUAUCACAAGGAUAUUUAGGGAAAACAGUCUCUGCAUCAAAAGAGCAGAAAUCUCAACAAAGGGUGGGAUAGCCAGGGAUACAUUCUAUGUUACUGAUGUUAGCGGCUGUCCAGUCGAUCCCAAAACAGUUGACUCCAUCUGCAGACAGAUCGGACAAGGUAUUUUGCAUGUAAAAUGGAAUUCAAAUUCUUCCCCAAAACCACAGCAGGAGAAAACAAUUAGCUUCCUUCUGGGGAGCUUCUUCAAAGCUCGAACUUUCCGACAUUAGAUUACUAUGAACUCCUGUGCUUGCGUUGUCUUUCAUGGGAACUCUUUAAAUAUGAUGUAAUCCUGCCAGAAAUGGGGGAAAGAGGACAUGAAGGAUAAAGUAUAUUGUAAAUAGAUGUCUGUUUUUGUGCUGAUACUCCAACUAGUAGAAAAAGCCGCCCCAUACUGUGAAUAUGUUGCGAGGGUUUAGUCUUGUACAUCAUUAAGCUCUGUAAGUAUACUGUUGCUGUGAGCAACCAGUGGUACAGUGUCAUCUAUGUACAUCAAGAAUUUUUAUACAUAGAGAAGCAUAAGGUGUAGUUUGGUAAUA